GGCCCGGUCUCGUGACGCGCGCCGUGCGCGGAGGCCAAGAUGGCGGACGAGGAGGGCGAAGCGCGGCCGGGGGCGCGGAACGGGGCCGGGGAGGGUCCCCCGGGCGGGCCCCGCGUCGUCCGCAUCGUCAAGUCCGAGUCCGGCUACGGCUUCAACGUCCGCGGCCAAGUGAGCGAGGGCGGGCAGCUGCGCAGCAUCAACGGCGAGCUGUACGCGCCGCUGCAGCACGUCAGCGCCGUGCUGGGCGGAGGGGCCGCCGACCGCGCCGGGGUGCGCAAGGGGGACCGCAUCCUGGAGGUGAACGGGGUGAACGUUGAGGGUGCCACGCACAAGCAGGUGGUGGAUCUGAUCCGCGCGGGCGAGAAGGAGCUGAUCCUGACGGUGCUGUCGGUGCCGCCGCACGAGGCCGAGAGCCUGGACCCCGCCGACGACUCGCUGGGCCAGGCCUUCUACGACUACAGCGAGAAACAGGCGGUGCCCAUCUCCAUCCCCACCUACAAACACGUGGAGCAGAACGGAGAGAAGUUCGUGGGUGUCCCCUCAGUGUGCUCCAUCCGGGUCAUCGGCGAGAGCGACAUCAUGCAGGAAUUCCUGUCGGAGUCGGACGAGAAUUACAACGGCGUCUCCGAUGUGGAGCUGCGGGUGGCGCUCCCGGACGUCACCACGGUGACAGUCAGGGUCAAGAAGAACAGCACCACGGACCAGGUGUACCAGGUGAGCUCCUCGUUGCGGAAGCUGGCUCCCAACGAGUUCCCCCACAAGCUCUACGUUCAGAACUACACCUCGGCCGUGCCGGGGACCUGCCUGACCCUACGCAAGUGGCUCUUCACCACCGAGGAGGAGGCGCUGCUCAACGACAACGACCUGGCCGUGGCCUACUUCUUCCACCAGUACCUGACGAUGCUGCGGACGUGCGAGGGCUACAACGAGAUCCUGUUCCCGCACUUACCUGACGAUGCUGCGGACGUGCGAGGGCUACAACAAGAUCCUGUUCCCGCACUGCUCUACCUGACGAUGCUGCGGACGUGCGAGGGCUACAACGAGAUCCUGUUCCCGCACUUACCUGACGAUGUUGCGGACUACCUGACGAUGCUGCGGACGUGCGAGGGCUACAACGAGAUCCUGUUCCCGCACUGCUCCCCAUUUUUCCUGCAGUACCUGACGAUGCUGCGGACGUGCGAGGGCUACAACGAGAUCCUGUUCCCGCACUGCUCGUGCGAUUCGCGCCGCAAGGGCCACGUCAUCUCGGCCAUCAGCAUCCGCCACUUCAAACUGCACGCCUGCACCGAGGAGGGGCAGCUCGAGGUAAUCCCGGCAUUUCGGGGGAAUUUGGGGGAAUUUGGGAAUUCUGGGGUCGGCCCUGACCCCGCAGGAAUUGUUCCCAAUUCCCUGAGGUUUUC